CUCAGAUGCGUCACGAGACCGCAUGUUUCAGGAAGUCAGGACAUGGCCAGUUUAAAUGUUGGAUUUAUAUCAUGAGUUUGAAACACCUUUGAGCGGGUUUUUGUGAGGCAAGAGGGAGGUAGUUUGCAAUUCUGCCAUCUGACAUGCGUUUCCACAUUAUUAUCGCCACUGUCUUUUGGUGUCAUUUCGUAGAGUCGCGGAAAAUAAGAGGGAUAUUUUCGUCCUACAAGCGGUUCUACAGGGAGAGGAAGUCCUUUCUGUGCAUUGAUGGGUCGAAAAUCAUCCCCUUUGAGCAGGUGAACGAUGACUACUGCGACUGUGAAGAUGGCUCUGAUGAACCAGGCACCUCAGCUUGUCCCCGUGGCCGAUUCUACUGCACCAAUCUGGGUUUCCGCCCACACUACAUCCCAUCAUCGCGAGUCAAUGAUGGCAUCUGUGAUUGCUGCGAUGCUUCCGAUGAAUACAACAGCCACGCUCACUGCCAGAACACUUGCUGGAAUCUGGGACAGAGAGAGAGAGCAUACGUGGAGGGCCAGAUGAGGACCUUGGACGAGGGUCUGCAACUCAAGCAGCAACUGAUUGAGGAGGGAGUGCUGCUCUGGAGGGAGAAACAGGCCCAGCUCAGAGAGCUUCAGCAGGUAGCCGAGGACCUACAGAUCAAAUUAGAGGAACACAGAAGGAGGAAACACGAGGCCGACCAACUCAAAGAGCAAACAUUAAAGGCGCUGGAAGCAGGGGACAGUGGUCUCAGACAUCAGAACAGCACAGUAAACAGCAUUUUCAAGUUACUGGACAGCAAUAAAGAUGGCAGUAUAACAGUGGAUGAAGUCCAGGCGAAAGUGGCACUCAUCCAUGAUGAGGAGCGGGUUCUCUCUGAGGAUGAAGCAGUGGCUUUGUUGGGAGGAGGUCAUCACAUGGAUCUCACCAAGUUUCAACACACACUCUGGGACAUCCUGACAAAAGGAGACAGUGUCAAGAUCAAAGAUACACAUGGCACACCAGGCAGUCUUGUGGGUGAAGAUCCUCACUUAAUGGCAGCUGACAGAGCUGCAGAGUGGGAGGCUACCAAACUGAAGAAGGUAGAAGAAGCCUAUGAGACAGUCAACAUGGAAAUUAGUGAUCUCCGGAAGAAGCUGACCAUAGACUAUGGAACAGAUUGGGAGUUUCUAUUUUUGAACAGCCAGUGUUACAAGCUGAAAGUAUAUGAGUAUACUUAUACCCUGUGCCCGUUCAAUCAAGUCACACAAAAGAGCACUGCAGGAACAGAGGUCUCAUUAGGGAAGUGGGGGAUGUGGGCAGAAACACCAAAGAACCAGUACAGUCAGAUGGUGUAUGAGAAUGGAGAACCCUGCUGGCAAGGAGGUUCACGGAGUACUACAGUCACACUGACAUGCGGAACGGAGACAGCCUUGCGAUCGGUGAAGGAGCCCAGCAAAUGCCAGUACAUCAUGGACUUUCAGACUCCUGUGGCCUGUCAGCCGGUGCUAAAGCAGCGAGGCAUACACAGUGAACUGUGACCCCUUCCCUUACUGGCCUAGCCUAGAUUAACUUAACGCCCCCACCACCCCCCACCCCCACCGACUCUUGGCUAGCCUGCGGUGACAGGCUGGGGUCCUGAGGGUCCCCUCUGACAUCUGUGUUGUCAGAACAUAUUCCAAGCAAGUCUUGCUCAGGUCAGAAUCAGAUUUUCAGUAACACUGCUCCUAGACAACUUUAGUUUUCAUUGAUUAUUACAGUGCUGCUUUAUAUUGUCACAUGUUAAUAAUUGAAUAGAGCAUUUAUUGAAUGAUUUAGUUGACACAAGUAUUCCUCACACAGCAGUAUAUUCCUUAUACGUGUUACACUCAAGGUCCAACAAGAUUACUAUGUAAAUAAUUGAAUAAAUAAAGUGAAACUAGAUCAAUUGCAGGGUCUAAUGACAUUGCCACUAACUUAAGUGCUGUAUCAAACAAAUGCUCAUUCAUGAGCACAAAUAAAUGGACUGUAAGGUUGUAAUAAAGGACAAUUGAGUAAUACUUUAUUAUAACCUUACUUAAUUAUUCUCUUAAUUCUGCUUUUACUGUAACCGUUGUAACUGAUAAUGUAUUAUUUACUAAACAAUCACACAGUAAAACGUUUAAAAAAGUGUUUUAAGUAUAGCCCUACAGUUGCGUAGUAUUAAUUUAUACACUACAGCUACAUUAAUAAAGUCUCACAACACUUUAACAAUAUUUACACACUGUCAACUGUUAUUAGUGAUGCAUUGUAUACUGAAUAUAACAUCUCUUGAUUUCACAAGA